AUGAUGAAGCAAUAUGUUAAAGGCAAUAUGAGCCAUGAUGCAAACAAUUCAGUUAAAUAUUUUAUCAAAAUGCUUGCUCAAUGUAGUGAAACUGUUAUCUUUAUGUUUCUUGGAUUAUCUACAAUUUCUAGCAUUCAUCAAUGGGAUACUUCUUUUGUUUUUGUUACAAUAUUUUUGUGUUUAUUUUAUAGAACUAUUGGUGUAAUAGUUCAAUGUUCUGUAUUAAAUCGAGUAAGGAACAAGAAAUUUUCUUUGAGAGAUCAAUUUGUGUUGUGUUAUGGCGGUCUUCGAGGAGCUAUUGCUUUUGGUCUUGUAGUAUCCUUACCUGCAGAUAUUCAAGCUAAAAGAAUGUUUGUGACUACUUGCAUUGCUGUGAUCUUCUUUACUGUCUUCUUAAUGGGUAUAACCAUUAGACCGUUACUGUUUCUAUUAAAAGUGGAAAAGGCUGAUCUUGAUUAUGAAGCAAUGAUGGUCGAGAAGGUUUACAACAAAUACUUUGAUUACACAAUGGCUGGGAUUGAGGAUAUUAUCGGGCAAAGAGGCCGACACUUUUUUAGAGAUUCUUUUGAGAGAUUCAAUGCAAAGCUUAUUAAGCCUUUACUAAUGAGGCAUGUUAAACGCAAAGCUUUUGAUGCUAGUGACAUUGUUAGGGCCUAUAAUAAAAUUACUCUAACUGAGGCUGUCAAAAUUGCUCAGGUUGGAAGGAAAAUGACCAAGUAA